UUUAUGUUAUCCAGUAUAAUUACACUAUAAUUUGCGUAUAAUUAGAGUGUAUAAUGUACUUAGUAAACAGUAUAUACCAGUGACAAGAGACCUUAUUCUCUAUUUGAUGUAAACCUAAAAAAGAGGACUAUUCAGAAUAUCAUACAAGUUUGAACUUUUGUAAACAUGAGAAUUUCAGUAGGUGUUUUUUUUGCUGAAUAAUUGGAAAAAAAUUUAUAAUGUAUACAGAAUUAUAUUAUUUUAGAAACUAGGCUUUUGCACACCGUUGUUCAUUAAAGUGUUUAGCUGGCUAGAUUUGUCAUAGCAGUAUCUUUUUGUUGUGGAUUACUUUUUCUUUGUAGUUGCUUCUUUCUCUAUCCUUUACUAAUUUCUUUGAGAUUAUUUCACCAGGUCGUGUUCAUGAUGAAACUCGAAGGAGUGAUGCUUCCAGAAUUGAGAUGCAAAUGUCUAACUCUAAAGUUGCAUGUAUCGAAGUAUAAUCUGUAUGGGAUAGCCAGCCUUUUGCAAACCUCGCCUCUUUUGAAGUCACUCAACAUACACAUCAAAUCUGAGUGUGGCGAUCCCCCCUGCCAGCUUGAGCAAAACUAUUUUGCCGAAGUAGAUAACAUCAAUUUGCCGAGUUGGAUUCCAAACACGGUGUUUCCCAAUCUCAAGAAUGUUAAGAUUGUCGGAUGCGGAGCAGAAUGUUUGAAUAAGUGGUCUGAAGGGGGUUUUUGUAAGCUUUAUGAACUUUCUAAGUUUCUACUAAAGAAUGCAGUGGCUUGUCAGAAGUUUGUUAUCGUAGCAAAGAGAAGAAAGUGCUGGAUUUGUUCAAAGAGCUGUAUGUCCCGGCAUUUAUCACGAUUGGCUAAGAAAUUGUUAGACACCCAAAGAUCAUCAAAGAAUAUUGUGAUUAUUUACCAAGAGUUAGCAUGAUCAGACUGGCUUCUUUUUUUUUUUUUUUUUUUUUUUUUUGGUUGUUUCGGCACGCUAGAAAUAGCUAUAUUUUAGCUUUUGAUUUAGUGCAUACGUAAGUUUAUACUUGCGGCAUUCCAAAUUUUGUGAUGGCUGCCUGGUUUCUUAGAAGCCUUUGUUUUUUGCACUCUAGACGUAGCAUAUGUGCUUGUAAUUUCCAGCAACUUUUGUUUUUCUUGAAUUUUCAAGAUUGCCAAACCGACAAAUUAAACCACAUGUUUUUUCAUAAUAAUUAGGCCCUUGAAAUGCUUUAUUUUUCUUCUUUUUGUCAAUAGCAUCAAGAUUCUUGGACAUUGUUUUCUCCUUCCCCCUCUCUUUGUUUGCUUUUACUUGGAAGAAAGAGGUCCCUACUGUUUUGUUUAAGCAAAUAAUCUGUAGCUGUUGUAUAUAAUCCUCCAUUAAUUUACUAGGUUAAUGCUGCAAUUUUCAAGAUGACCUUUGGCUACCAUA